CAGCAGCAGCAGCAAGUGUCAUCUGGUCUUCCAACUUGGGGAGGGCUUUGGAGUUUAAAAUGGUGUGAAUAUGAUAGCCAUCUCCAGCCAUCGGUAUUGCGUAUGCGAGUGGAGAUCUGUCUGCACCACUGAAAGUUGAAAGUUCAGAGGCACUAAUCUGACUAAAGGACGGUGUAAAUCAACAACGGGGCAGCGAUUUUGGAUUAUCGACAGUCUCGGUGGAGCGAAAGCGACCUGAAUCUGGUGCGGCUGCAUGAGAAAGAGAGCCGGGAGGAGGCACGGGCUAAAGGGCAAGAGGGAGACACCGAGGAGGUGAGUGACGGGUUUACCCGCGGAGGGGUAAAAAGAUGACUGUGGUGUCCCAGGAGAACCACGACGACACUGUGGUCAUUACUCCUCUGUUACAAGAUGCUGCCGACUUGGAGCCGGCGGAGCAGGAGUGCAGCGAGAGGGUGGUCAUCAACAUCUCAGGUCUGCGCUUUGAGACGCAGCUGAAGACCCUCUCCCGCUUCCCGGCCACGCUCCUUGGAGACCCGCGCAAAAGGAUGCGCUUCUUCGACCCGCUGAGGAACGAGUACUUCUUUGACAGGAACAGGCCGAGCUUUGACGCCAUCCUCUAUUAUUACCAGUCGGGUGGGCGGCUGCGGAGGCCAGUGAGUGUGCCCGUGGACAUUUUCAUGGAGGAAAUCAAGUUUUAUGAACUCGAGGAUGAGGCCAUGAACUCGUUCCGAGAGGACGAGGGCUUGGCGAGGGAGGAGGACCAGACGCUGCCCAACAACGAGUACCAGCGCCAGUUUUGGCUCCUCUUCGAGUAUCCAGAGAGUUCAGGACCUGCACGGAUAAUUGCCAUCGUGUCAGUUAUGAUUAUUUUGAUAUCCAUUGUUAUAUUCUGCUUGGAGACACUACCCGAGUUCAGAGACGUCCCUCCGCAGCCGGACAACAGCAACACGGCGAAUGGAAGCGCAGAUGGUAACGCGCCCAGCCCAUUCACAGACCCGUUUUUCGUGAUUGAGACACUUUGCAUCGUGUGGUUCUCUUUUGAAUUCACCAUGAGGUUCCUUUCGUGUCCCAGCAAAGCAGCUUUCUUUAAAAACCUCAUGAACCUCAUCGAUGUGGUGGCCAUAGCUCCGUACUUCAUCACCCUGGGCCUGGAUCUCGCAGAGCAUCAGGGCAGCAGUCAGCAGGCUGCGUCUCUGGCCAUACUAAGGGUCAUCCGUCUGGUCCGGGUUUUCAGGAUUUUUAAACUCUCCCGGCACUCCAAGGGCCUCCAGAUCCUCGGCCAGACGCUCCACGCCAGCCUCAGGGAGCUGGGGCUGCUCAUAUUCUUCCUUAUCAUCGGCGUGGUCUUAUUCUCCAGUUCUGUUUAUUUCGCAGAAGCAGAAGACCCCGAUUCUGAAUUUACAAGUAUACCUGAUGCGUUCUGGUGGGCUGUGGUGACAAUGACCACGGUUGGUUAUGGAGACAUGUGUCCCUCCACCAUUGGGGGGAAAUUCGUUGGAUCUUUGUGCGCAAUCGCUGGAGUACUCACAAUAGCUUUACCGGUCCCAGUUAUAGUAUCAAAUUUCAAUUAUUUCUACCACAGAGAAAACGAGGAGGAGGACAACGUUCAGUUCGUGCACGUGACCUGUGGGCAACAGCAACAGCCCUCGUUUGUUGAGUGUGAUUCAAACAAAAGUAUCCAGUCGCUCUCCAAAACUGAUUCCUAUCAGGAGAGCGACGACCGGGACCCUCCGACACAUCCAAAGAUACACCCACUCGAGACAUACACCGGGAAACUGACAGUUGUAUAAAGAAGAUUUAUUUUUUUCCGGUGACACGCAGUUAAUGCUUCUCCACGACGGACGCUCCUGGUGCUUGUACGUAUGCUGUCUACAGUGGUCUCCAAACGUGGAGCCUCAGAAAUUCGUUUUUACAAAUACCUUCAUGAGGAAUUCACGUUAUCUUAAUUCAUCGUAUGAGAAAAUCAUUCCUCCACAUAUUUCUCAUAUUGGAGCGACUAGUGGAAACAUGCAGAGGGAAGCUGUGGACUUAAACAUUAUACUCGGGAAACCUCAAAUAAAAACAUGUGGGAACCCAUGAGGCACGCAAUAAAACACAUGGAUUAUCUAAAUUGGGCCUGCAGCAGUCAAAUUUUGCCAUCACACUCCUCCAUACUUGACAGGGCAGGUGUUUUUUUUGUGUUUACCCAUAAAUAAAUGUCAACAUGAUCUACAAUUUAUUCGCAUAUUGUUGAGAAAAUAGCGUUACCUAUUUUCUAAUGAUCCAAAAGCAUUGAGAAGAGAGAGAGAGGGCAGACCAGGCGCGCGUAUCAGUGCCAAUGACGCACGAGGCGCGCCAACCCUCCACACUGCAGCGCAUGGCGAACUAAGACACAUUUCCAUUAACUGUGUGUCGGGGUUGCGCCGUGUGCACUGUGAGUAGGUGGCUGCUGCCAUGUGCAUGAGCACACUGGCACUUGUUCAACUCUCUUGUCCUGCUGCGUUCAAUCCUCCGAUGUGUUCGUGCCCAUUGUGUCCUUGUACAUAAACACUAGUAACUUCUUCUGUUACGCAGCAUGGUGUCCCAGCAUAACUGGAACGAUGAAAACUUAAAUUUGCACUUAAGUACCAUGCGGUCAAACUUAGUAAAACCGCUUCGAUUUUACUUUGAUUUAGGCUUCUUAAAUUAGGUUGUUUACCUCUUUGUCAACUUGCAGAUUGUUGCCUUAAACGAGGCUCUAACACUCAGGAUACUGCGCUCAUGUUUAUGGUCUGUUUUUCGUAAUGAAAACACCAAUGACCCGUAAUAAAAAUACACAUAUCUCGUUAUCACAUGAUAGAUUUCUUCUAAAUAUAACAAGUCUCACAUGUCUAAAAAUACUAUGUCAUCUAGAGACCUUUUUUUUUUCUUGGAGCUUGUAAUGUGCCGCCAGGGGUCAGAAUGAAUGAGCUCUGAGCGCCACUCUGUGGAUGAAACACAUCCCUGCAGACUGGUCAGGAAGCUCACAGUGCAAAAUUAAGACAUAAACUGGAAUACUUUUGCUCUGUUGCAGCCUGCCUACUCGGGAUUUUGGCGCAAGCCUCCAGAGGCCAUGCUCUUUGAAUAAGUAUGUAUUUGGAUGCCUGUGAUGGUGACCUAGGCUCAGAACCUUACUGCUUUCUCUCACCUUCCAAUGUCAACAUGGUGAGUUUUGUUUUCUGCUUACUUUCAGGAGGCAAGAGACGAUUAAGUGAAGCUUGCUUUUCGCUUAAAAUACUAAUGGGGCAUUCUCCUCUCCUCCGAAACACUACAUAAUUUUCUCAUGGAUUAUUCUUGCAUUGCCAGUGAUGUAGCCUACAGAGACCUCACAGUGGAAACCCUUGGGAAAAGUUUAGUCUGCUGCAGUGGACAUUUUGUGUAUCAGCCAUAUAGAAAAAAAUGACAACUCUUUUGUGUAGGCUUUAUAAAUGACCACGCUCUUUUUGUAGCUGUAUAAAAGGCUUUGUGUACUUAAUGUUGUUUUGUAAAACUUCUGAACUUCCUCUUUUCUUAUGCAGCAUACAAUGCAAAGUUGGAGCCGCAACCUGCUUCUGUGUUACAAUCAUUCAGCUUACACUGCAGCUCGCUGUAUACAACAAAAGCAUUAUAGUGCAAUGUCUGCAUGACGCACAUGCAUUGUGAAUUUUAAAUGUAAUCAAAUAUUUAUUUUUCUAAUUUAAACAUGUAUGUGAACUUAACUUAAUUAUUUUUAUAAAUAAAUUAUGGAAC